ACCGGUUCCUGUGUUUUGCAUUUUCCGAAGUUGUUUGGCGCGAGAAGCGAAUUUUCUCAACUUCAGACGCAGAAGAAUCGUGCGGUUUUGUUAAUUUUUGUCUGUAAAAUCGUUUUUACUAAGUAAAUCAACAUGAAUACGAAACGCAAACCCAAUGAGGCAUCGGGAUUCAAUAAAAAGUUCAGAGGCGGUGAUGACGACGAAGAAGACUUCGAUCAGCCGGAUUUCGAAUCCGAGCUGGCCGCCCUGGAGGCGGAAGAGGCCGGAGUGGACAGUGCUCCGAUCGGACAGGGACCGGAAGCGGAAAACACAUGUGCCCGGUGGAGCCGUCCGCAGCCACGGGAAUAUCGCCCCGAUGAGGACAAAUUGGUGUUCCAGCAGAUCGACAUUGACCACUAUGUGGGGAAACCGUUGCCGGGAAUGCCCGGAGCUCAGAUCGAACCGGUUCCGGUGAUGCGGAUGUUCGGCAUCACGGAAGAAGGCAAUUCGGUUUGUGCGCACGUGCAUGGAUUUGCGCCGUAUUUGUACGUGGCCGCUCCGCGGGGAUUCGACCGGUCGCAUCUGUGCGAGUUCCGGAAGGCGCUGGACAAGUCGGUGAUGAACGAUAUGAGGUCUAAUAAGGAGAACGUCCAGGAAGCGGUGCUGGAUGUGGAGUUGGUUGAGAGGCAAUCGAUUCUGGGGUACAAUGGGGAGGAUAAGUUUACGUUUAUUAAGGUGACCGUGGCCCUUCCCAGAUUGCUGGCGGCGGUGAAGAGACUGCUGGAGAAGGAACAGAUGUUGCCGUCGAUGGAUUUCCAGGAUUGCAGGGUUUACGAGAGUAAUAUUGAUUUCGACAUCCGGUUUAUGGUAGACACCGGUGUUGUGGGAUGCAGCUGGAUUGAACUUCCGGCUGGGUCGUGGAGGAUGAGGCAGAAGGGUAAGAUUCCAGCGCCGGAGACAAGGUGUCAGAUCGAAGUUGAUGUGGCUUAUAAUGUGUUUAUUGCUCAUGAACCGGAAGGAGAGUGGAGCAAAGUGGCGCCGUUUAGAAUCUUGAGUUUCGAUAUUGAGUGCGCGGGAAGGAAGGGUAUAUUUCCGGAACCGCAGCAUGACCCGGUCAUUCAGAUAGCGAACAUGGUGAUCCGACAGGGAGAUCAGGAACCGUUCUUGAGGAACGUUUUCACAUUGAAUACUUGCGCUCCGAUCGUUGGAUCUCAAGUUCUGAGCUACAAGACGGAGCAAGAACUGCUGGACAAAUGGGCAAGUUUCGUGCGAGAAUUGGAUCCGGACAUCUUGACCGGCUACAACAUCAAUAACUUUGAUAUCCCUUAUCUCUUGAAUCGGGCGAGUCAUCUCAAAGUGAAGAACUUUGAAUAUUUGGGACGGGUCACUAAUAUUCGCUCGGUGAUUAAGGAAACAGUUAUUCAAUCCAAGCAGAUGGGUAAACGGGAGAACAAAUACGUGAACUUCGAGGGUCGCGUUCCGUUCGAUCUGCUGUUUGUUCUGCUCAGAGACUACAAGUUGCGUUCCUACACGUUGAAUGCCGUGAGUUAUCAUUUCCUGCAGGAGCAGAAAGAGGAUGUCCAUCACAGCAUUAUUACCGAUCUUCAGAACGAGAACGAGCAAACCCGUAGAAGAUUAGCCAUGUAUUGUCUCAAGGAUGCCUAUCUCCCACUUCGAUUGCUGAACAAGUUGAUGUGCGUGGUGAAUUACAUGGAAAUGGCUCGUGUCACCGGAGUUCCCCUGAGUUGCCUCCUGACACGUGGCCAACAGAUCAAAGUCAUGAGUCAGCUUCUUCGCAAGUCGAAAGUAUGUGGCUAUCUCAUUCCGUCUUACCAUGGUUCCGGCUCGGACGAGCAGUACGAAGGAGCAACGGUUAUCGAACCUAAGCGAGGGUACUACGCGGAUCCAAUUUCGACGUUGGAUUUCGCCUCACUGUAUCCCAGUAUAAUGAUGGCUCACAAUCUCUGCUACACGACGCUACUUCAGCCGGCCAAUAAGGAGAAACUCCAUCUCACCGAUGACCAGAUAACCCGAACACCGACAAACAACGUAUUCGUCAAAUCCUCCGUUCGGAAAGGUAUUCUUCCGGAAAUUCUCGAAUCGCUCCUUGCGGCUCGUAAGCGUGCCAAGGCCGAUCUUAAAGUCGAGACAGAUCCCUUCAAGCGCUCCGUUCUGGACGGUCGUCAGCUUGCUCUGAAAAUCUCCGCCAACUCUGUGUACGGUUUCACCGGAGCUCAAGUCGGUAAACUCCCGUGUUUGGAAAUCUCUGGUUCCGUCACGGCUUACGGUCGAACCAUGAUCGAACAAACCAAACAGGAAGUCGAACAACGUUACACGGUUGAGAACGGGUAUGAAAACGACGCCGUAGUCAUCUACGGCGAUACCGAUUCCGUCAUGGUUAACUUUGGCGUUAAAACGCUCGAGCGCAGCAUGGAACUGGGCCGGGAAGCAGCCGAAUUCGUCAGCCACAAAUUCGUCAAACCUAUCAAGCUGGAGUUCGAGAAGGUCUACUAUCCGUAUCUCUUGAUCAACAAGAAACGCUACGCCGGGCUGUACUUUACCCGUCCCGACAAGUACGACAAGAUGGACUGCAAGGGUAUCGAAACUGUCCGCCGUGACAAUUCUCCCCUAGUGGCGAAUCUCAUGAACUCAUGUCUCCAGAAGCUACUGAUCGAGCGCAACCCGGAAGGCGCCGUGGAAUUCGCCAAGCAAACGAUCGCCGACCUGCUCUGCAAUCGCAUCGACAUAUCCCAGCUGGUCAUCACGAAGGAACUGGCCAAAAGCGAUUACGCCGCCAAACAAGCUCACGUCGAGCUGGCCAACAAGAUGAAGAAACGUGACCCCGGCAGUGCCCCCAAACUGGGCGAUCGCGUGCCCUACGUUAUCAUAAAUGCGGCCAAAAACACCCCCGCCUAUCAGAAAGCCGAAGAUCCGAUCUACGUCCUGGAGAACUGCGUGCCGAUCGAUUCAAAGUACUACUUGGAAAACCAACUGUCCAAGCCUCUUCUCCGAAUCUUCGAGCCCAUCCUGGGCGACAAAGCGGAAUCGAUUCUCUUGCGAGGUGAUCACACCCGCACCCGAUCGGUCGUAACGUCCAAGGUCGGAGCCCUGGCAGCCUUCACGAAGAAACGCGACGCUUGUCUAGGCUGCAAGGCCCUCCUCCCGGCAGGUUACGAAGGACAGGCGCUGUGUUCGCAUUGCAAACCGCGCGAAGCGGUCCUAUACCAGAACGAACUUACGGCCCAAUGUUCGCUGGAGGAUCGGUUCUGUCGGUUGUGGACGCAGUGCCAACGCUGUCAGGGAUCGCUCCACGAAGAGGUCAUCUGCACCAGCAGGGAUUGUCCGAUUUUCUACAUGCGCACGAAGAUCAAGAUGGAGUUGGACACGCAGCAGAAGCGGGUGGCGCGAUUCGGAGUGCCGUCCUGGUAGAGGAGUUUCUUCGAGUAUUACGCGGUGUCGUUGUGGUAAGAAUAUUUUGUGGCGUUCAAUAAAGCAACGUUUUUUCCAUGUGUUAUACAAAUAA